AUGGGUCCUACGAAAUUAGAGAUGAAGCGCAAAGCGACGGAGGAGCCUGGGACACCCAGCGACAGCAAACGGGUCAAGAAAUCGACCAGCGAUCCGCUCGCGGUGGAGCCCGCGACCCAUAUCAUCCCAUUCCCCGAACGCCCGGCGGUAGUAGAAGAGCGCAACGGGGAGAUCGAGUUCUGGGUGGUCAACAACGAUAAUCGGAGAGAGAGCCUGAUUAUCCUGACGGGCCUGAAGUGCAUCUUUCAGAAGCAACUCCCCAAGAUGCCCAAGGACUACAUAGCGCGUCUGGUCUAUGACCGGACUCACUUAUCGAUUGCUAUCGUCAAGCACCCGCUGGAGGUGGUGGGAGGGAUAACCUACCGGCCCUUCCACAAGCAACAGUUCGCCGAAAUCGUCUUCUGCGCCAUCUCCUCGGACCAGCAGGUCAAGGGUUACGGAGCACAUCUGAUGUGCCAUCUGAAAGACUACGUCCGCGCCACCUCGCGCGUCAUGCACUUCCUCACCUACGCCGACAACUAUGCCAUCGGGUACUUCAAGAAGCAAGGAUUCACCAAGGACAUCACGCUGGAGAAGGAGAAGUGGAUGGGCUACAUCAAGGACUACGAGGGCGGAACCAUCAUGCAGUGCUCGAUGCUCCCCCGGAUCCGCUACCUCGAACAAGGCCGCAUGCUGCUGAAGCAGAAGGAAGCCGUCCAGGCCAAGAUCCGCGCCUUCAGCAAGAGCCACGUGGUGCACCAGCCGCCGGCGGAGUGGAAGAACGGCGUCAAAUCCAUCGAUCCCAUGAGCAUCCCCGCCAUCCGCGCCUCGGGCUGGUCCCCCGACAUGGACGAGCUCGCACGCCAGCCUCGCCACGGGCCCAACUACAACCAGCUGCUGCACCUGCUGAACGACAUGCAGAACCACGCGUCGGCCUGGCCCUUCAACCACCCGGUCAACUCGGAGGAGGUGCACGAUUACUACGAGGUCAUCAAGGAGCCGAUGGAUCUGAGCACGAUGGAGCGCAAGCUCGAAGCGGAUAACUACGCGACGCCGGAAGAGUUCAUCCGCGAUGCCAAGUUGGUCUUUGACAACUGCAGGAAGUACAACAACGAGACGACGCCCUAUGCCAAGAGUGCGAACAAGCUCGAGAAGUUCAUGUGGCAGCAGAUCAAGUCCAUUCCGGAGUGGUCGCACCUGGAGCCGUAG